UCUCUCUCACUGAGCUGUGAGGGACAGAGUGACUCUACUGGAUGGAGAGUGAGACGAUACACACACAGUGGGAGUGUGUCAGAUUGUUCAUCAGACUGGGGAUCAGUUACAGGAUCUACAUGCACCAUCGGAUACCUCUACACAACACACACUGGAGUGUACUGGUGUCAGUCUGAAUCUGGAGGGAGCAGCAAUCCUGUUAACAUCACAGUGCACAAUGGUGAUGUGAUUCUGGAGAGUUCUGUCCAUCCUGUGACUGAGGGAGAUCCUCUGACUCUACACUGUUUACUUCACCUCAAUAUCACAUCACACCUCAGAGCUGAUUUAUACAAAGAUGGAUCACUCAUCCAGACCCAGACUGCAGGAGAAAUCACCAUCCAUACUGUCUCAAAGUCAGAUGAGGGUGUCUACUACUGUAAACACCCAGAGAGAGGAGAGUCACCACACAGCUGGGUCUCAGUCAGAGCAGUUAAACCUACACCUAAACUCACAUCAAGCCUUAAAGGAGCUGCACUGGUGGGAAACCCAGUGACUCUGCACUGUAAGCUGGACCAGCCUGCUGGAUGGAGCUUUUACUGGUCCAGACGCACACAGAACCCUGAGAAUGAGACCAACACUGCAGCAAACUCCUACAACAUCAGCUCAGUGGCGCCCUCUGAUGGAGGCCAGUACUGGUGCAGAGCUGGCAGAGGAAACCCAGUCUACUACACAAACUACAGUGAUGCAAUCUGGGUAAAUGUUACUGCUGGUGAUUCCUCCUCUCUUGGCCUGUUUGGUUUGGCUGUGGGACCGAGUUUGGUUGUGUUCUUCAUCUUACUGACCCUGCUGUGGUCCUACAAAAACAACAAAGAAUCUCUGUGUCGCUGUACUGGGAGUCAGUCAGACAUCAAUCAGACAUCAGAUCAGACCCAGAGAGAGUCAGGAGACACUGGUGCUGGACCCAGUGAAGUAAUUUAUGCUGAGGUCGAACUGAAACCAAAACAGAAAGCAAAGAAAAAAGAAGAGAAGAGCUGAGUGGGGGCAGACACUGUAUACUCAGAGCUGAGGCAGGACUCACACAAAGGUUGUUGAGGAACAGCAGAGACUGCUGGGAAACAGAGUUCAUUCUCCUGUGUUACUCCCUCAAGAUUCUACAAGACCAGGAGUUUAAACCCUCUUAUCCAAGUAUUCAUUAAUUUAUUUGGUUUAAACACAUUUUAAAUGAUCAUGUCAGAUACUCAUGUCUACAACAGGAAGGUAUUUUUAUAACAGAUGGAGAUGUAACA